UGUGAUCUCAUUACACAAUUGCCUUAUUUUUUAUGUGUGCAGCGUGAGGCUCUUCACCUGCUGCUCAUUUGCACAUCUGACCUGCUGGGACUGGAGAUGUCAAGGGUGGUAGCAGUGCUACAAAACAAAGAGAAACUGGAGGGACUCGGGCUGAUGUUCCAGCAUUAAAUGAGAACUAAACCAGUGGCUUAACUAGAUGUCUAGAUGUUACUGGACCCACUGCAAAUUAAUUGUAGCCCCCAGCAUAUCCAGAGAUCUGAUCAUGUGGCAAAUCUCCAAGUGCAAAAGGACAAAAGUAUUGCUUGCUUGUUUAGCGAGACACCAUCACAAGGCUGUGUUGGCUAUCAGAAGAGAAGACAUCAAUGUCUGGGAAAGGAGAGCCCCUCUUGCACCCAAACAUGUAAAAGAACUUACCAGUCUGGGGUACAAAGUAUUGGUGCAACCAUCAAACAGAAGAGCCAUCCAUGAAAAGGAAUAUAAAAAAGCAGGUGGUAUUAUUCAAGAAGAUAUACAAGACGCGUCUCUUAUUGUAGGUGUUAAGAGACCUCCAGAAGAGAAGCUCCUGCCCAAUAAGACCUAUGCAUUCUUUUCUCACACCAUAAAAGCCCAGGAAGCAAAUAUGUCGUUAUUGGAUGAAAUCCUUAAACUGGAAAUUCGAUUGAUUGAUUAUGAAAAAAUGGUGGAUCAUCGAGGAGUGCGGGUAGUGGCUUUCGGACAGUGGGCUGGAGUGGCAGGGAUGAUCAACAUGCUGCAUGGUUUAGGUCUUCGAUUUCUUGCCCUUGGACAUCACACCCCGUUUAUGCACAUUGGAAUGGCUCAUAACUACAGAAACAGUAGUCAGGCUGUGCAAGCUGUGAGAGAUGCUGGAUAUGAGAUAUCGCUUGGAUUAAUGCCCAAAUCUAUUGGGCCCCUGACCUUUGUUUUCACUGGAACUGGAAACGUUUCUAAGGGUGCACAAGAAAUAAUUAAUGAGCUACCCUGUGAAUUUGUUGAACCACAUGAAUUAAAAGAAGUUUCCAAGACUGGAGAUCUAAGGAAAGUUUAUGCAACAGUUUUAAGCCGUCACCACCAUCUUGUUAGAAAAACAGAUGGCGUGUAUGACCCUGUUGAAUAUGACAAGAAUCCUGAACUAUACACUUCCAGGUUUAACACUGAUAUAGCUCCAUAUACCACAUGUUUAAUCAAUGGAAUAUACUGGGAUCCGGGUUCUCCACGUUUGCUAACCCGUCAGGAUGCUCAAAGGCUUUUGGCUCCAGUGAAGUCCUCUACAGUUGCAACAGAAGGCUGUCCAGAACUUCCUCACAAGCUUUUGGCAAUUGGUGACAUUUCUGCUGACACUGGUGGAUCCAUAGAAUUUAUGACAGAGUGUACAACAAUUGAUAUGCCAUUCUGUAUGUAUGAUGCAGACCAGCAUAUCAUUCAUGACAGUGUGGAAGGCUGUGGGAUUCUGAUGUGCUCAAUUGACAACUUGCCUGCUCAGCUCCCAAUUGAAGCAACGGAAUAUUUUGGAGACAUGCUCUUUCCUUACAUUGAAGAGAUGCUGAUGUCUGAUGAUAUGAAACCCAUGGAGCAGCAAACAUUUUCUCCAGUUGUACGAAAUGCAGUGAUUGCAUCCAGUGGGUGUUUGACUCCCAAAUACAAGUACAUACAGAAGCUAAGAGAGAGCAGAGAACAUGCACAGUUAAUGACCCAAGGAACAAAAAAGAAGAUCUUGGUGCUUGGAUCUGGUUAUGUAUCUGGACCAGUUAUAAAUUACCUCACAAGAGAUCCCAAUGUUGAAAUAACUGCAGUAUCAAUGGUUAAAGAUCAGGUUGAUCAUCUGUCAAAAAGAUACCAUAACACAACUCCAAUAGCCAUGGAUAUUUAUAAAAACGAAGAGAAGCUUUCAACACUAAUAAAGAAGCAUGACCUCGUAGUCAGUUUGCUACCUUAUUCAGCACAUCCAUCAGUGGCCAAAAAGUGUAUCAAGAACAAAGUCAACUUGGUUACAGCCAGUUACAUCACUCCUGCCAUGAAAGAACUUCAACAAAGUGCAGAAGACGCUGGGAUUAUAAUUGUUGGUGAAAUGGGUUUGGAUCCUGGUCUUGAUCACAUGCUGGCCAUGGAAUGCUUUGACAAAGCUAAAGAUGUUGGAGCAAAGGUGGAAUCCUAUAUUUCUUUUUGUGGAGGACUUCCCGCUCCUGAGUUUUCGGACAACCCCCUAAGAUAUAAAUUCAGCUGGAGUCCACUUGCUGUUCUCUUUAACACAAUACAGCCUGCUACAUAUCUGAAGGAUGGACAGAUUGUUAACAUUGCAGCAGGGGGCUCCUUGCUUGAAUCUGUGAAUGCUAUGGACUGCUUCCCGGGACUUAAUUUAGAAGGCUUUCCAAACAGGGACAGCACAAAAUACGCUGAACCCUAUGGUAUCCAGACUGCACAUACAUUAAUGAGGGGAACCCUCAGAUAUAAGGGGUUUUGUAACGCAAUGAGUGGAUUCGUGAAAUUGGGACUAAUAAGUACAGAUCCAUGUCCACUACUUGAAGUGAAUGCUCCACCGAUAACAUGGAAGGAGCUUUUAUGCCAUCUACUGAAUGUUUCAACAUCAACAAGCACUGACACUUUUAAAGAGUUGGUGUACAAUAAGUUGGAUAAGGAUGAUAGUAACAUGGAGGCUCUUCAGUGGUUUGGAUUACUAAGUGAGGAGCCAGUGCCUGUUGCAGACUCAAUUGUUGAUGCUCUGGCCAAACACCUUGAAAUUAUGCUCUCAUUUGGGCCAGGAGAAAGAGACAUGAUUGUUUUGAGAAAUGAUAUUGGCAUCAGACAUCCUUCUGGCCAUUUAGAAUCCAAAAACAUCAGUUUGGUCGUAUACGGAGAUGUAAAUGGCUACUCGGCAAUGGCUAAAACUGUGGGCUACCCAACAGCAAUUGCUGCUAAAAUGGUUUUGGAUGGGGAAGUUGAAAGCAGGGGCCUGGUAAUUCCACUGACCAAGAAUAUCUAUGGACCAAUAUUAGAACGUGUGAGGGAAGAAGGAAUUCACUACAGCACAAAGAGCACAUUUUCACUUUAAUCUGGACCAAAAAAUAACAUAACUAGUAGCUACUUUUGGCCCUGGAAAAUGCUUUGAACAAUGUUUUCAACCGUUGCAUACACACGCCCAUUCACAUUCAGUAACUUUUACGUUGGUCUUCUCUCUCUCUCUCUCUCUCCCUCUCUCUCUCUCUCUCUCUCUCCCUCUCUCUCUCUCUCUCUCUCUCUCUCUCUCUCUCUCUCCAAAUGUUUGCAUUUGGAUUGCUGGAAAGCUUGCUGCAUUUUCUUACAGUAAUAAUGCUGUACUUUAUCUUGUUGCUGAACCUCAAUCCUGGCACUGAAUAUGUACUGUGGUAAACUCAACGUUUUAAAAGUAUUUAUUGGAACAUGAAAACAUAAAAUUGGUUAUGGCAAAGUUAGUAUGAUAAACCAAAGAAUCCCAUAUAAUCAUUAAGGGAAAGAAGUCAGCCAAUUGAUAUGGGAUUUUUUUUAACAAAAAUAGUUACAGUAAAACAACAUAUGAACAGAGAAUUGUUUCUUUUCUCCCAGCGCAUUACACCAAUGUAGACACUUCUAAAUAACUGUACUGUGAUUUUGAGUAGUUGACCUUCAUUUAUUGUGCGGGCAAUAUUGUGUAUUGUAUGAGAUAAUGUAUCUGUUUUUUUUGCAUUUGCUCUGAACUGGAAGAAUUAACAUUAUUUAGCCGUGUUUUGUUGCUUAAACAAAUUAAAUAUGGAUAUAAUCCAUAAUGAAUGACUCUU